CUUCCUCCAUGAGGGUGGAGUCUUCAUCACAGCAGACUCUCACUGCCACAGCUGCAUCUUCCUCUUAUUGAGAUGGACUGCUGCGUGCCGUUACUUCUGGCCCUGCUACUGGCUGGAAAUGGGUGGUGUCAACAGGAAGAAGUCUGCUCCAAAUCGGUGAUCAACUCGUGUGGUGACUGCAUCAGAUCCGGGCCACACUGUGUGUGGUGUCAGCAGCUGAAUUUCACCAAAGUGGGAGCACAGGAAGCCGUACGCUGCGACACUCGUGCUCAGCUGAUAGCCAGAGGCUGCCCGGUGGAGGAGAUCAUCGCCCCGGAGAACCUCGUGGACAUCGUGGAGGCGCGUCCCCUGAACGCCGUGUUUGAAGGCCGCGAGCUGGUGCAGAUGAGUCCGCAGAGGAUCAACCUGAAGAUGCGUCCUGGUCUUCCCUCGAGCUUCAACGUCUCCUUCAAGAGAGCUGAGGGCUACCCGGUGGACCUCUACUACCUGAUGGACCUGUCCUACUCCAUGAAGGACGACUUGGCUCAAGUCAAAGGGCUGGGCAGAGAUCUGUUUAGGGCACUCAAUAAAAUCACUCAACACGGUCAAAUCGGGUUUGGAGCCUUUGUUGAUAAAACUGUCCUUCCCUACACAAACACCAAUAAGGAGAAGCUGGAGAAGCCCUGUGAUCAGAAGGACCAGCAGUGUCAGCCGGCUUUCGGAUACACACACGUGCUCAGUAUGACCAAAAGUGCAGAUGAGUUUGGAAAAAAGGUGUCUGAGCAGUUCAUCUCCGGGAACCUGGACUCUCCGGAGGGCAGCCUGGACGCCAUGAUGCAGGCCGCUGUGUGCGGGGAAAAAAUUGGCUGGAGGAACAGCAGUACCCGACUGAUCGUGCUCACCACCGAUGCUGGAUUCCACAUGGCCGGUGAUGGAAAACUGGCUGGCAUCCUGGAGCCCAAUGACAAGCAAUGCCACAUGGCUCGCAACAUUUAUACCAAGAGCAGUGAGAUGGACUACCCAUCCGUCGGACAGCUGGCUACUGUUCUGGAGAAAAACAACAUUCAGCUGAUAUUUGCAGUUACCAAAAAUGUUGAGGCAGUGUACAAGGAACUGUCUAAAAUGAUCCCAAAAUCAGAGGUGGGAACCCUGCAGUCAGACUCCAGCAAUGUUGUGGCGCUGAUAGAAAAUGCCUACAAUAGGCUGUCCUCCAAAGUCACUUUGAGUCACGACAAUCUUCCUGACGAUGUGAGAGUCGUCUACACUCCGAUGUGUACAAAUUCAGGACCACCCGGGGAGAAUGAAGGGGUCUGUGACAACGUGGGUGUGCAGGAACAGAUUUCCUUCAAAAUCACUGUGACAGCCAGCUCAUGUAUGACAGACAAGUCCUUCACCAUCAGACCCCAGGGCAUCAGGGACACGCUGACGGUGAUGCUGUCCACCACCUGUGACUGUCAAUGUGAGAACCCAAGUGAAGAAUUUCACAGCCACUGUAACUACAACGGAAGCACCGACUGUGGAAUCUGCAGAUGCAGAGAAGGUUUCCUGGGGCAGUUCUGCGAGUGCUCUGCUGGUGUGAAAGACGAGCAGUCACUGCAACAGACCUGUCGGAGAGACAAUGGCACAGUGUGUGAGGGUCGAGGAGACUGUGUGUGCGGCAGGUGUCAGUGCCACACCACCGAGAGCGGGACCAGCUACCAUGGGGAAUUCUGCGAGUGUGACGACGACCACUGUGAGAAGUUCCAGAACAAACAGUGCGGAGGAAACGGGAAAUGCAACUGUGGGAAGUGUGAGUGCAGCGACGGCUUCGAGGGCUCUGCCUGUCAGUGCAAGACCUCUCAGGACGGCUGUCGUACUGCCUCGAACACUGUGUGCUUCGGCAGAGGAGACUGCGAGUGCAACCGCUGUAAAUGCCACGGAGGCUACCAGCCUCCAAACUGCCUGACGUGCCUGGGCUGCCCUGACCAAUGCCAGGCCAAGCUGAACUGCAUUGAAUGCCAGGGCUUUGACUCGGGCCCCUUUAAGAAGAACUGCAGUGAGGCCUGCAGCGCAAGCAUUAGGUCCAAUCUGGUACAGAAGUUCUCCUUAUCGGGUAAAGAGUGCCAUCGGAAGGACAGUGAGGGAUGCUGGAUCACAUUCAAGCUGGACCAGUUGCCCGGAAAGGAUAACUACUAUGCGGAAAUAUAUGACAUGAGAGACUGUCCGAAGCCGCCGAGUGUCCCUGCCAUCAUCGGAGGCUCUGUCGCUCUGGUCGCUCUCAUCGGCGUCGCGAUGCUGCUCCUCAUCAAGCUGCUCAUCUACAUGAACGACCUGAAAGAGUUCAAGAAGUUUGAGAAUGAGAAGAAGAAGUCCAAGUGGGCAGAGGCGGAUAACCCACUGUUCCAGAAUGCAACCACCACUGUGGCAAACCCCACUUUCACUGGAGAAUGACAGCUGCGCGUGCACACACACACACACACACACACACACACACACACACACACACACACACACACACACACACACACACACACACAAACACACACACACACACACACACACACACACACACACACGUAUUUACCGGUUUUUGCUUUUAUUCUCAGUGCAGUUGAAUUUACUUUGUGUUUUCCAACAGCGCUCGACUAUUGGCAAUUUGUUUCUGUCACUUAUUCAUAAUUUUAAUCAGCUUUUAACAGCAGAACAGACCUCAUUAUGUGUGGUUUGGUUUCAACAUCCCAUAAUGUACAUACCUGCGUAUCUGUUGGUGUUCAGUAAGUAUGCAGACUGUUUUUAAGAGACUUCUGAAGAUGACCUGUAUGAAUUUGUACAUUAAGAUACGAAAUAUUGUGUGUGGGAAGCUCCAUUCACACGCCAUCACAGGACAGUGUCGGUCGGGACCCGGACACUUCCAGGUUCACCCGGCGCUCAGGUGGGCCUGCAGCCGGGGAGCCAGGACACGCCGGUCCACGAAGCUCCUCGUCACACACAACUCCAACUCCAGAGUGACGGAGAACACGUCGGUCCACUGUCGCUUUCCACUAGAACCUGUUGAUAUAUUUCAGUUAUAUAUUUAAUAAACAGAUUAAACUGUACUUUA